UCCUACCUUUAAUGAGUAAUCUGCCUGGUGUGUGGUGGCUAUGACACAAGCAGUGCUCGGGAGAUCACUGCUGUUUAUAUUUCAACAUUGCAGAAGCUGUAUAAGACGAGAUGAAUGAAUUUGUUUGCCUCGAAAGGUGAGCUGCCCAGAAACACUCAAUAAUUCAGUGUUUGUAACAUACGGUGCAUAAGGGGUUGAACAUGCGCAGCUUUGUGUGACCUGAAAAAGAGAAAGAAAGAAAGAGAGAGAGAAAAGGUACAAUUGACCUAUGCUACCACACCUGCUAUAACAAAGAGGAAGAGAGCAUAAAGCAAACACGCACCAACACACACACAGGAGGAUAUCUCAUUACCAUGCUCCUCAUAGUGCAGCUAGUGGGUGUUGCAAGAGGAGGAGGCUAUGAGAGCUAGACAGCGAGAGAGAGGACAGGCAGAAAAGCACAGGCUAUAUUGUUGAGGAGACGAACAGUGAGCUACGUACCAGGAACAUCCAUGCAGGAGCGACAGUGAAAACAGGGAACAGAAGAGCGUGUGUGUGUGUGUAGCACAGUGACAGCAGGGGAAAGGCAGGACCACCAGCCUACGUGUGUGUCCACGGUUCUCCUGAGGCCGUGGCAGUCAGAACCAUGGCAUCAGAACCGAGCGCCCAGUGCAGGGUGAUGUUUCAGACAACAGACAAAACAGAGGAGCCGGCACAUCGCAAACUGGGCAAACUGACAGUAAAAUACAAUCGCAAAGACCUCCAGAGGAGACUGGACAUCGAGGAGUGGAUUGAUGACCAACUACACCUGCUGUUUGACUGUGAGGAAGAGGAAAUGCCAGAGUUAGAGAUUGACAUAGAUGAACUACUGGAGCUUUCAGAUGAGGGACAGAGGACUAGACUGGAGGAGUUGUUGCAAGAAUGUGGAAAGCCAAAAGAAGAUUUUAUCAAUGGGCUACUCUACAGGAUAAAGGGUCUACGCAAAAUGUCCGGACCUUUGAAGAAAUAAUUUUAGGUCAAAUUAUGAGUGAAUACAAUGUGGCGCUUUUGAUCUUCCCCCGUCUCCCUCACUAUGCUGGAUGCCUAUAAAGGAGAGUUUAAAUAUCACUGGGACUAUUUGCGUUGGCCACAAGUCCUUUUUUUCAGUAAAACACUUUUUCUUUUUUGUACUUAUGUUAAAAGACUGCUACAUUUUACAUUCACAAUGAUAAUGCACAUGUGAAACUAUACACUGUUUGAUUGUUUUGUGUACAAUUUCAGUUGUUUAUUUAUGUAAAUAAAUAUUAUGUUCUC